AUGAGUGACUCAGCACCCUCGCUCCCACCCAUUCCCGCCUCGGGUCCUCUGAGCCUCGCCCUCUCAAUCGACAACCCUCACUUCAGCCAACCUACAUUUCUCACCCUUCCUCAUGAUGUUCGAGAGUUGAUUUACGAUGCCAUCGUUCCCGCCGGCCCCCUCAUCGAGCUUCGAGUCCACUCACAUACCACCAGGUUACAACACCUUCUAGCGCUCAAAGGCACCUGCCAGACCCUCAGAGAUGAGGUUGUCGAGUACCUUGACGCCCGUCCCCUUACCAUACUCUGCAGCCACAGCCUCCGCCCCGGUAUCAUGAGCGGUAUUCCCCCACUUGUCCUUGCCAAAGUCGAAACGCUCGUUAUUGAAGACGAUCCCAGCGAGCAGCCUAAUUGGGCACUCCUCCGCAAUGUCAAACAGAUCUGCUUCACCUGGAGCUUUCGCAGCCAAAUCCAUCUAAAGAACAAUGACGGCGAUACCACCUUGCCAGCCACAGCGCCCACCAACCCGCCAGCAGCGACUGCUACAAGUCAUUUACCCGAUGGCUUGAGCCAUGCCCACUUUUGCCGCCAUCCUCCGACCAUCAGACUCACUUGGCCCCCAUUAUCACCCAGCAGCGUCGCCCACAAUAACACUGUCCUGUCGCACGCACAUCAAUUCUGGAAGAAACUGCGUAUAGACAACGCCUGGAUCCGAGAGCUCUGGAAGCACGACCCGCCCUACGACAACAUGCCACACAUCCGCGUCUUUCUUCGCAGAGUCUACGAAGCUAAAGUCGUUGGCAAGGACAAAGUGGUGAGCUGGCACAGCAUCGUCGACGUGGACAGCCGAAAGGUGGUCGAGAACGCGCUGCUGCCCAACAGAGAGGCACCUACGUCAGGCAAGGAUGCGGACUACAUCUUCCCUUAUGCGGCGCAGGGGUGGUGGCGGAGGGAGCUUGUGAGCAAGCCGAAGAAGGAUUGA